AUGCUUACCUCUUCCAAGGCCAAACCAACACUUGAAGCACUCCCAACGGAGCUACUCAUUCUCAUCUUGCUUGAAAUACCCGAUCUGGCUUCUCUCAAAUCCAUAGUGCUUUCAUCGCCGACAUUUCACCAGGCCUACCUUGUAGUGCGACAUGAAGCCCUCUGUCGCAUUGUCAAGAAUCAAUGGGGAGUACUGCUUGGGGAUGCGAUAGCCGCUACCCGGUCUCGUGGUCUUAUCUUUACUCAAUACAAACACGAAUCGAUUGCGUUGCUAGACACCUGGCGUCGCAGAGAAGAGAUUAAUAGUCUCGCAUUGAGUUCAUCGAAUCGGAUAGAUGAGCCGGGCAAUCUAGAAGAGAUUUCGCACCUGUUCUAUCUUUAUAAGGUGUUCCAUUUCUUUCUGGAAGAUUAUGCGAAAAACAUACCGCAGCCCCCAUGGAUGGAAGAUGAUCAAUGGAAGACUCAGGUUCUUCCCAUUAAGUUGUCUCCCUCUGAAAGUCACCGGUUACUCAGAGGACUAUGUCGCCUGCAAAUCUACCAAAAUAUUUUUGGAACCCCUGAACACCUGGAUGUCCCCUAUCACCAGGUAGGGGAGAAACCGGAUCGAAACCAGUGGGACAUGAAUAAGGGACCUAGCGGUCAUUGUGAUCCCAGACGAGAGGUGUUUCGCUUGUUCUUUGGGACGAUACCGCCUUGGGAAUACCAGGAAAUGGCGUGUGUGUGGGCAUACUUCAAGACGAUGUUCGACCCUAUCUACAAGGAAAUGACUGCUGGCCUUCAUGAACUUGUGGAUAAACAUAUGAGCAAGGAUAUACAAGAGUGGAAGCGUGAAUAUUUCGAAUUUCUCCCGGAAGAUGUAAUGCCUUAUUGGGUUAACAUCGGCAGCCUCUCCGCUCUUGAGCAUCUUUCUGAUAUGUCAGAUUCACUUGCCUCAAUGGGACCAGAGUUUGUCUACCGUCUCAUGCAUGAGACAGCGCCCUUGAUUCGGCGGGAUAUGGUCAUGUGUAAUGCAAAUGACUAUUCGAAUAGCUACUUCACUGACUACUGGCUAAACGAGGAUGAUCUGCUUCCUUUGCUUCACCCUGCAGACCGACACGCAGUGCAAGAUUUUGAGUAUCUUUGGUCAACAUUGCCGUCUGUCGAGCGACCUAACAUUCUGUGGAAAACGAUGUUCUUGAUGCCUGACCCACCAGAACAUACAUUGGAACGUGCCAUGACUUUACAAGGUGGACGUGAGCCUGUAUGGCGUCUGGGUCUUGCUAUUUUUGAUGAUGAAAGAUUGACGGCAUGGGAAACCCCUUUCUCGAAAUAUACUUGGGGUGAUAUACCCGAUUUUGAACCCGAUUUUUAA